CGUCAGUCGUUCCACCUUUCAAGGCAGGUCGCGACGCUCGUAAUGAUUGACUCAAAUGGAAACGUGUUCUGGAGCGCUAUUUGCAACUGAGUAAGAUAUCUGAUAAGGAACAGAAAUGUGACCUCCUGUUGGUAUUCGGAGGAGUCGACCUGCAAGAUCAAUAUGAGAAAAUAGUCCACUAUGAGGUCAUUGUCACAGAGAGGGAUGUCGCUUGAUAGAUAUUACGCGCCAAAAACGAAUAAACGAUACGAGCGCCAUAUGUUGCGUAACAUGAAACAAGACGAGAACGAGCCGUUCAAUGAUUUUAUUAACCGAUUGCGAGAACAGGCUAACAGAUGUGAAUUUGUUGACGUUAAUGAUGCGACUGUCGACCAGAUAAUCGAAGGUUGUUAUUCCCACGAUUUCCGUAAGAAGCUGCUGGCUGAAAAGAAAACCUUUGAAGAAGUCCUACAGCUAGGCAAAGCAAUGGAAGACAUACAAGCACAAAGUAAAACCUACUCAAACUCCAAAAACGUACAGCUAGAACCCGUUCAACGGUUGCAACCAGUUAUUAGGUCUGGUUUACGAUGUUUUAAAUGCAAUCGUGUAGGCCACAUCGCACGAGAUAAGCACGUUUGUCCGGCAAGUGGAGUGAAAUGUCAUGUUUGCGGAGAAAUGGAUCAUUUCAAAGUUUGUUGUCCGAGGAAGCGUAAGCGAGAUGAAAAUAACUGUAAUCAGCCUCUGAAAAAGCCUGAAGUGCCAUUCAAAAAGGGAUUAUACUGCGUAAAUGCCGGUGAUAAAAGCGAUACCUUGAUGUUUGAACUUGGAGGCGUGGAAGUUCAAAUGCUUGUCGAUUCUGGUUUCCCACCAAACAUUGUUACACAGAGUACUUAUGAUCAACUCCAACGAGCGGGUGCCAAAAUUAUUAACGACAGAGCAGCUGUCGCAGAAAGUAAACAGUACCAAGGCUAUGGAUCAUCGGAAACAAUUUUGUUCAGCAGAGCUUUUGAAACAGAAAUCAAAAUACCAGGAGAAGAACAUGGAGUUUGGGCUUACGUUCUUGUCUCACCGAGUGGACAAACAAAUCUACUUUCAAAGUCAACGUCAUUUGCUUUAGGUGUCCUCAGAAUCGGAUAUAGGGUGACGCAAUUGAAGGCAGUAGUAGUGAAUUCGUUUUCUCCCUUUCCGAAAGUACCUGGCGUUCAAUUGAAGAUACACAUUGAUACAACUAUUGCUCCUGUAUGCCAACCCAUUCGUCGUUUACCAAUUGCCAUGGAAGCGAAAGUCGAACAGCAAAUACAAGAACUGCUCGUUCAAGAGAUCAUAGAGAAGGUCGAACAUCCAACCGGUUGGGUAUCUUCAUUAGUACCCGUUAGGAAAAGUAACGGCAAACUUCGUAUUUGCGUUGAUUUAAGAGCAGCCAACAAAGCGGUUCUGACCGAAAACUAUCCCAUGCCAAAUAUAGAAGAAGCUCUGUCUUCUAUUCACGAUGCUGUAAUGUUAUCGACCAUAGAUUUGGAAUCUGCUUUCUAUCAUCUCGAACUUGAUACUGAAAGCCGUGACAUCACAACUUUCGUUUCACGAAGUGGGCUUUAUCGAUUUACUCGCCUUGUUUUCGGUAUCAAAAGCGCACCAGAGCUAUUUUCGUAUUAUUUAUAUAUAUUUUAGUAUUUCGAGCAAGAGUGUCUCGGUAUUAUUUGGUCUAUGGAGAAACUAUAUAUAUUUAUACGAAGUAAAAUUCACUCUCAUCACUGACUGUAAACCGCUUGUCUACCUAUUUGAGCGAGUACGUUCGAGACCGUCUGCUAGAAUGGAACGGUGGAUUCUACGUCUCCAGAAUUUCGAUUUCGACACCCGCUAUGAACCAGGGAGAAAAAUGUGGCGACUUGUUUCUCGAGACUCAGUUGCUCUCUAAACAGACAGAGAGUCGAUACUAACUCGUAAGUUGGAUAACACCUUAUAUGCAACCGUGUAGAAUAAGCAAACGAGACCUGGAAAAUGCAAGUAAACAGGAUUCCACUUUAAGGGAAAUUCGCGAGGCGUUAACGUCAGGUGACUGGAACAACGUACCGGCUCAAUACAAAACCUUGGGCAUUAGGGAACAACUUUCACAGUAUGGAAAUUUAGUUCUCCGAGGAGAUCGAAUUGUGAUUCCUGCGUCUCUCCAACAGAAAGUCACAAAGAUAGCACAUUUGGGGCAUCAGGGUGCAACUGCUAUGAAAGCCCACUUACGGUCGAGAUUAUGGUAUCCCGGGUUGGAUGAAUUGGUGGACAAGGUAUUGAAAACGUGUAAAGAGUGUACAAUGAUGACCAAGCCAGACCCUCCAUGUCCUAUGUCACGAAGACUUCCAACUUUGUCCUGGCAAGAUUUGGCCAUGGAUUCUAUCGAAGAUUUACCACACGACUAUUCGUUGUUAGUAGUAGUCUGUUAUACUACUCGGUACACCAUGGUCGAACCGAUGAAACACCCUACUUCUCGAAUGGUCAUAAUGGCACUUUUGAAGAUGUUUAGCAAGUUCGGCAUACCACAAUCGAUAACCGCAGACAAUGGACCCGUUUCGUGCCAUGGAACUCAGGAAAUUUUGUGAUUCAUACAAUAUCCAUCUUAACCUGACGACACCGUACUGGCCAGAACGCAACGGAGCCGUCGAAAGGCAAAACCGUGACCUUAAGAAAAGGAUUAAAAUCAACGUAGCACAACAAACUGACUGGCAGAGUGAUCUCCACGAAUAUUUGUUGUUCUAUCAUUCUACACCUCAAGAAACUACGGGUCUGUCACCUGCCAAGAUGAUGUUCAAUAGAGAACUGAUCAGCUACCUGCCAACACUCCAAGAACCGCACAGAAUAUUUCAUGAAGGGGCGGGAUAACUUGAUGCUCUGGGCAAUGAACGGAAGAAGCAAUAUGCCAACAAUACCAGACAUGCGAAAGAAAACGACCUCCUUGUUGGCGACACCAUAUUGAUGCGAAACUUGAUGCUAGGAUCAACCCAACCGAACUUUUGUGCUAAAGAAUUUGAAGUUGUCAACGUUCAAGGAAGUGAGGUUGCAGUCAGAUCUAAAGAAACUGGGAAGGAGUAUACAAGGAACAGAACUCACGUCAAGAAGUUCACACCGAAUAUGCUAAGCAGUGCAGAUAUGCCGUUGUCAGGACCUGGAACAACCGGUGAAUCUCAACCAUUCGCCAACACCGAUAUAACCGAAGAACAAAAGAGGAUCAACUCCGAAGCGGAGUUCGCCGAGUGCAUCCAACGCGAUGGAUUAUUGUCAGGAGCCACCCCCAAAGACCGCCCUCGAAGACAAAGGACCACUCCAGGAAAAUACAAGGAUUUCCACUUGUAUCAGUGAUUAUCUCGAGCAUUGUAAAAGUGUCAUAAUAAAUAAUUUGAGAAUCUAUAGUAUCGAUCAUUAAACCAUUAUUGACUAGAACUCUUAAAUUGA